CUUAUUUCUUUCUUCCACUUUUUUUUGCCAGAGCAACCGCAACAUCUUUGCCUUCAUGUCGAGACGGUUUGUCUGUUUUAUCCAUCUGCUCUCAAUACCGUCAAUAUGUUUUAAGGAAUUGCUGAUCUCUAAGCACUCUUGCUCCUCUUCUAUCUCUUCCAGUUCGAGUCUUGUUAAAAUGAAGGGUGGAUCUGCAUCGUCGGAAAAAGUCACUUCAUCCUUCUCUUGUUCGAUGAUGCCUUCGUCCGAACUAAUGCCUUCUGCACCACUGUCAUUUUUACUCUCUGUUUCCGAUUCACCUCCUCCACAAUCAGUCGUCUUUUGGGUCUUCUCGUCCUUUCUUCUUCAUCCAAAUCUCGGCGUCUUUUGUGGCCCAUUUUUCUGUCACGAGGGUAAGAAUACAUACCAUCUCUUUUUCCUUUGGAUUAAUCAUGAGACUAAAACAAUCGACCCUAUGGAGGAGAGAUGACUCAUUAGCGAUAGGAGAACGGCGAAAGGCUAAAUAUUCAUGCAUGGUAAGAAAACAACUAUUUUAGAUAGGAUGGCGAAACAUGAAGUUAAAUUAGAUCCAUAACCGACGGUAAAUUGGUGAGUAAACAAAACAACCAAAGGGACACGGCGGAUCAUUUUUGAUAGGAGAACAUUCUGGACAAGCAACCUAUUAUUGAUCAAGC